UACUGCUGGCGUUGGACAGGCUUUAACUUUGGUUUUGACCUGCUGGUGACCUACACAAACCGUUUCAUAGUCUUCAAAAGAAAUACUCUGAGUCAGCCAUGUGGAGGCGCUGUGAGUCUACAACCUCGAAGGCACCUGGCAUACAGGUUACGUCUCGCCUCCUUUGACAGCCGUGGAAAGCUGGUCUGCAGUCGCUCAACAGGUUAUCAACUUCUCACCCUUGAAAAAGACCAGGAGUAUGUGGUGAUGAACCUGGACAGCCGGUUGUUAUCAUUCCCCCUCUAUGUGUGCUGUAACUUCCUGUAUACGUCGCCUCAUUCGGACCACCGUCCAGAUUCCUCAGAACAAGAAAGCACUGCUCGCAGCGUGUCUUGAUGCCCAUUCAGCAGCCAUUAACUGCUACUAUUCCUCUGGGAACUCUGGGACACUGACACAAGCUUUGUAUGUACAAUCCACUGCCACAUUUAUCAUCACUGACAUGACAUUGGACAUACCAUUUGCAUGCUACGUAACUCAGUAACAUGUUUAGGGAAAAUGUUUUGUAUCUAUGUAAUCAGUGUUUUGGCACAUUCAGAGAAAUGAUAUAUAAAAUAUACGUUACAGUGGCCAGGAGGGAUUAGGCCACCCUUUUGCUUCAGAGCAGCUUGAAACUUUUGACCUCUGUCAUGCACUGUCUGCACUGCACCAUUUCUCAAGAUGGUGAACCUCCACGCCUUGGGAGAGAGUGGAAAGCUGCUUUGGACUGUGCACCUCACAAAUUUAAAUAGUGACUACAUAAUGUUUAGAUCUGGUGAUUGUGAAGACCAUGGACAGGUUUGACUUUUUGCUUAUGUUAAUGAAACCACUGGAAUUGUUUUUUCAGUGUGAAUGGGGUCAUCAUCCCCCUGGAAAAUGGAAAGAUCAUAAGGGAACAGCACCAGAGGGUGAAACUAGACCUUUACUGACUCAUAUGGGAAGUUUCAAGCCUGGUGCUCGUACGGGCAAUGUAGACUGUGGGAGCCCUUCGCUCGAAAACUUGACCAGCACAGUGCUGUUAUGAGACGAGUGGACAUGUUUUCCACUCCAUUUUUAACCGGCACACUUUUUUGUAUUGCAAGCAGAUGAUAUGCCGCUUAUACCAACAGUGUCAAUCUAGACUAAAAAAAACACAUUUCACAUGACUUGUGACUGAAUCCAAAUGGAAUAGGUAUUUGACAAUCUCUGCCAAAAAGCUGUAAACAGACUAAAUUAAAGUCUGACACUGCAUCUCUACCACCUGCUGCUGUUUGAUUAUCAGCGGAGAUGGGUUCAUCGUCAUACCUGCACUGUUCAAGGAGCUUUCCUCACCCGUGUCGCGGUGAGAAAAGUUGCACGGUCAGUGACUACACUCAACAGACCUCACUUUUGAAUUGUGUAAAAUUAACUGAUAGAUGCAGAAAAGCAGAAGUUUUAGCCUGUGUUUUAUCACUAUUUAACCCUAGUUAAGUUGGACGUGUCUCCGUGCAAUUCUACACCAGACCAGCUGCUGCAGGCUUCAGUCCACCACCUGCUCAGCAACCUGGAAAAAUCCCAGAUUAUAGCCGAUAUGAAGUAUCCCUUGGACUUUGUAAAAUAGCAUUUCAUACAAAAUUCUGUUUAUAAAAUCUGAUAUGACAAAAACUAUCAAAUGUCCAUUUGCUGGUGUUCAGCUGGUGUCCACUGCAACUCUUUUGCAGUGCAGCUUGUCCCUGUUUGACACAUUAUGGCAGGAUAUUUAGACUGCUCCAGUCACUACAAUAAGUACCUUAGCAAUUAUGUUGUUGUACUAUUAAUUAGGUCACUAUUUGUUUGGAUAUUCUGAUGUUACCUCAUGCGGUUUUGAAAUCCAGUAAAUGUGGGGAUUUUCAGCGGACAUGUACUCAUUUUACUCGCCUAUAUAGCUGCAACUGUAACUGUCAUUAAGUACAAAGUUAAAGGUAUUUUUGUUUGGCAUUUAUUUAUUUUUUUACUUCAUUUGUAUGGAUUUUUUUUGCUAAAGAAAAUAUGUAUACAAUUCUUCGGCAGCCAAUAAAACCGCCCAUUCACAUGGGCUGUGGUGCUAUCACAUGA